AUGUCCCUCUUGCUGCUUGUCCCUACUCUUCUCAUACUUCUCUCUAUCCUAACCCUACGCUGGCACAGGGGGCCUUCCCACCCUCAGUACCUCUAUCCCCCUCGCCCACCUCCUCUUCCCUUCUUAGGUAACCUGCUGCAUCUGGGGCAUUCUGACCUACCAGUUCAUCUGCUCAAACUCUCUAAAAAAUAUGGACCUAUUUAUCGUCUGAGCUUUGGGGGCAAAGAUAUUGUUGUGCUGAAUAGUUCAUCCCUUAUCCGUGAAGCUCUUGUUAAGAAAUGGGGAGAUUUUGCUGGGAGACCACAGAGUUAUAUUGGGGAUCUUAUAUCCAUGGGGGGCAAGGACUUGUCUCUGGGAGAUUACACCCCCGCAUGGAAGGUACAGAGACGACUUACUCACUCCGCCCUUCAGGGACGCAUGCGCAGGGACCUUAAUGACUUGUUGUGUGGAGAAGCCCGAAAGCUGUGCCAGGAUUAUCUUCACAAAGUUGGAUCCCCCGUGGAUAUUUCAGAAGAUUUCUCUCUGCGAACUUGUAGAGUUAUUGCAAUACUGACAUUUGGCUCUACAUAUGAGCUGUCAGACCCGAAGUUCCAAGAAAUUCACAAAUGUGUUGUUAAUGUUAUCAAAUUUUGGGAGUCUCCUGCUGUCACCAUUUUGGACUUCAUCCCCCUAUUGCGGAAAUUUCCAAACAAAGCGCUAAAUCGCCUUAUAGAGACUUCAAAGCAAAGAGAUUCCUUUGUGAGUCAUCAGCUGGAGAAGCACAAGGCCCGACCUAAUACAAGCGAGUCUGAGGAAGAUAUCAUAGACGGGAUGAUACGAUACUUGCGAGAUAAAGCCAGGGGAGAUAUUGGCGAGACAGAGUUUUCAGAAGAUCAUCUUCAUAUGUCAGUAGUUGACCUGUUUGUUGGAGGCACAGAAACAACAGCAUCUUUACUAUCCUGGACAGUAGCCUUCCUGAUUCAUUACCCUGAGGUCCAGGAGAAGAUUCAUAGUGAAAUUAUAGAAGCAGUGGGAACAGAGAGAUAUCCCACAUACUCAGACAGGAACUCCUUGCCAUAUCUUAGUGCCACCAUCUCUGAGACACUAAGACUGCGGCCUGUGGUGCCCCUGGCAGUACCCCACUGUACCCUAAAAGACACAAGUGUUGCAGGAUAUACCAUUUUAAAGGGAACUACUGUGAUCCCAAACAUUUAUGCAGCUCACCAUGAUGAGAAAGUCUGGGAGAAUCCAACACAAUUUUGCCCUGAGCGGUUCCUCACCUCCUCAGAUCCUCGGGGGAAGCACCGCUCUCUGCUUGCAUUCAGCGCAGGAGCAAGACUCUGCAUUGGGGAGGCACUAGCACGUAUGGAAGUAUUUCUUUUUCUCUCCCACCUCCUGCGAGAUUUUGUACUCUCCCCUCCAUCUCCCAACCAACUUCCUGAUCUUCGAGGGAUUUUUGGAAUUAACCUCAAAUGUCGCCCUUACUUAGUCUGUAUCCAGCCCAGUGCAGACGUACAGAGCACAAGAGAGACAGCCUGA